AAAUGAUGAGGAGUUCCAAAAUCAACAUUUUUUAUAGUUGGGACCCAAAUAUAUAUCCCAUAUAAGUAAUAACGUAUCAAAGUACAACAAAUUUCAAGCACAAGAAAUAAUGGGAUUUGGGAAACUCCCAUUUAUACAAACAAAUAUAUGUGGUGAAAAAAAGAACAUACAAUACUCAAAAUCAAGAGACUACUGAAAACACAUUAAAACAAAUCCAGUAUGCAGCAGAUAAACAAAAGGGUAUUUCAAGGAGUAGAAGGAGAAGGUGGUGGAGAAAGGAAAGGAAUAGAGGGGAUUGCAGUUGGGAUUGUGGGCAUGCUUGGCAGAGGAGGCAGUGUGGCCCUUGGUACACUUGGCAAUGUGGGCAACCCAGGCAUGGUAGGAAGUGGUGGAAGCGCCCCAGGCCUUGGCAAUACCGGUAUGGAUGGCUGUGGGAGAUUAGGGAUAGAUGGCAGUGGGGGGAGUGUGGUUGUAGGCAAAGUUGGCAUUGGAGGCAAUUGAGGCAGCUGCAGAAGG